AUGGUAAACCCUAUUGUGUUCUUAGACAUCACUGCUGAUGGUGAGCCCAUGGGCCAUGUUUCCUUCGAGCUGUACAGAGACAAAUUUCCAAAGACAGCAGAAAACUUUCAUGCUCUGAGCACUGGGGAGAAAGUAUUUGGUUAUAAAGUUUCCUGCUUUCACAGAAUUACUCCACAAUUUAUGUGCCAGGGUGGUGACUUCACACACCACAAUGGCAAAGACAGCAAGUCCACCUAUGGGGAGAAAUUUGAUGAUGAGAAUUUCAUCCUGAAGCACAAAGGUCCUGGAAUAUUGUGCAUGGAAAAUGCUGAACCCAACAAAAAUGGUUCCUUUUUCAUCUGUUCUGUCAAGACUGAGUGUCUGGAUGGCAAGCAUGUGGUCUUCAGCCAGGUGAAAAACAGCAUGGAUAUUGUGACACCCAUGGAGCACUAG